UUUCCAUGCACACGACGCUAGCAAUCGUCCAUAUAACCAGGGUCUGCCAUUUCUUUUUCUGACAUCUUUAGCUUGUUUCUAUCAGUCUCGGGCUCUCGUGCUAGCACUGCGUGGCCGUAGACUAUCUUUGGACUCGACGUUGACGUCUGAUGUUGGGAUCAAAAUUAGAUCUGAUCACUCUGCCUUCCUCCUCUCCACCUACGAAUUCGACGACAACGUUGCGUCAGAACAACACAGACCCAGAAGCAAAAUGGAUAGUCCAGAAGUAUGGAGGUACUAGUGUAGGCAAAUUUCCAGUCAAUAUUGCUCGUGAUAUCGUAUCGAACUAUAUUGGCCAGCACAAAAUUACUGUCGUUUGCUCUGCACGGUCUGGGUCCGCGAAGGCUCUGGGAACUACCAAUCUGCUGCUUAAAGCUGCCUCUGAGGCACGGCAACGACACAAGUUAUUCAAUGGUUCCGGUACCAUGACUCCGUCGAUAAAUGGUAUCUUCAGGAGGUCAUCAGAAACUUCCCCCAACUCCCCGAUACGCAGAUCUUCGCCAUCGCCAUCGUCUCCGUCCACGGGUGCACUGACACCACUGAUAACACCCCAGACUGGCCAGUCUCAACCGGAAUUUAAUGUUACCGUCGACCUUAUACGGUCAGAGCACAUGAAUGCUGCAAAAGCAUCUGUCAAAAAUCCAGAGAUUCUCCAAGAACUUGAGGAUGAGAUAGAUCGAGACUGCGACUGGCUUCGUAGUUUCUUGUUUGCUGCUCAGGUAAUCAAUGAAAUAUCACCACGUUCGCGGGACAACAUCAUAGGUUUCGGCGAGCGAUUGGCUUGUAAACUGAUGACAGCCGUUCUACGCGACCAAGGCAUUGACGCAGAAUACGUAUCGCUGGAAGAUAUCAUCCCUGUAUCCGAGGAUAACGACACCGCCCCAGAAGGCUCCCUUAAUCAGGCCUUUUAUGAUGGUGGAUGCACACCUCGCGUACCCGUUGUCACCGGCUUCUUUGGCCACGUACCGGGUUCGCUUCUCCGGCAAGUCGGCCGAGGAUACACAGAUUUACUCUCUGCUCUUCUGGCGGUUGGCCUCGAAGCAUCAGAACUACAAAUAUGGAAGGAAGUUGACGGGAUAUUUACAGCGGAUCCUCGAAAAGUGCCUACGGCACGAUUGAUACCUAUCAUAUCGCCCGAUGAAGCCGCUGAGCUGACUUAUUAUGGGAGUGAAGUCGUGCAUCCGUUCACAAUGGAGCAGGUCAUUCGCCAAAAAAUCCCAAUAAGAAUAAAAAACGUGGAGAACCCCCUAGGCGGUGGUACAGUUAUCCACCCCGACCCAGAUAUUGAGGUAUCGCCAGACGAUGGUCUCUGCGAAGUGCCAGUUGCGAUGUCACAAGACCUCUCUCCGUCCAACGACGAAUUGCGUAGGAAUAAGCGACUGCCAACCGCCGUGACAAUAAAAGAACGCAUUGUCGUACUCAACGUCAAUUCGAAUCGAAAGAGUGUGUCUCACGGCUUCCUGGCUGGGAUAUUUGGAACCCUUGAUCGGUUUGGCGUUGUUGUGGACCUCAUUAGCACCAGCGAAGUACAUGUCAGCAUGGCUAUUGAGGACAAUCUAUCCAGGACAACUAUGGAUCGGCUAGUGGAGGAACUAAAGAAGAGUGGAACUGUUUCCGUCCACCGUGAAAUGGCCAUUCUCUCCCUUGUUGGUCAACAGAUGCGCAACCUGGUUGGCAUAUCGGGACGCAUGUUUACUUCCCUUGGCCAGGGUAAUGUGAAUAUCGAGAUGAUUAGCCAAGGCGCCAGUGAGAUCAACAUAUCGUGUGUUAUCGAGGGCCGUGACGCUGUUAAGGCGCUCAAUCUCAUACAUCAAAGUUGUUUACAAAUAAAGCCUGAGGGGCCUAGAGGGCGAGUCGGCCCAUGGCUUUUCUAGCACGGGAUAGAGUCCUGCAUGGUUCGGUUCAACACCAACCUCAACUUCGUAGAGUAUAUCUUCAUACAGAGCGGUAUACGUACGAGAUUUUACUGCCCUCAGCUUCGCGGGAACGUGCUCGCCUCACUGCGACUUUUCUGGUAGUUUCUCCUGCUCAUUCCGACCACUAUUAGAGACAUGGAGUAGACACGUAAUGAAAACAGUUAAGAGACAUCUGUUCGCCACCUAUUGGU